AUGUCUGCCGCAAAAGUGAAAGCCGAGAAAAUCAUCGCCGAGAACGGCGUGGUUGUCUUCUCCAAGUCCUACUGCCCUUACUGCAACGAGACGAAGGCUCUGCUCAACUCCAGGGGAGCCAAGUUCUUCGUCAUGGAACUCGACAAAGUUGAUGACGGCUCUGCCAUCCAGUCUGCUCUUCAGGAGAUCACCAACCAGCGCACCGUUCCCAACAUCUUCAUCAACCACCAGCACAUCGGCGGUAACUCUGACCUCGUUGCUAGGUCUGGUCAACUGACUGCCUUAUUGAAGGAUGCCGGUGCCAUCUAG